AUGGCGCACCCCACGGCGCCGAAGAGCGCGCGCCGGCGCGCUAGCGCGGCGCCAGUGGAGCCGCGCGUGGUGGACUCGCUGGCUGGCAUGGAGCCGGUGGUGGCCAGUAGCGUCGAGAAGGUACACUGCUCGGCGCAAGUCACCAACUCGUGCGGCGUGCCGUUCGGGGCAGUCUUCACGCCCUGCGCGCUCUCUCCAGGAUCCUUCGCCACAGUACAGUCCGUCCCGCCGCGCUGCAGCACCUGCGGCGCCUUUUACUCGUCGCUGUCGUCCAUAGAGCGCGGAGGCUCUGGGUGGACGUGCCCGCUCUGCAGCUCGUUCACGCCCGCAACGCAGACCCCCGACCAGCGCCUCCCGCAAGACAUCCCGGCCUCGCUCGUCAUCGACUGGGUCGAGCCCUCCGGCCCCAUGAAGCCCGCCAACGGCACCCAGGCGCUGGUCCUGCUCGCCGACGCCACCCUCGACGCGCGCGACACCGCCGCGAUGCGCCGCUGCCUCGAGAGCGCCGUCACGACCCUCCCGGACCACUGCCGCGUCGCCCUCGUCGUCUUCGGCGCCUGCCUUCGCGCCGCCCACCUCGGCGCGUCCCACGACACGCCCUCGGCCAGCGCGAGCGGCGCCGCGUCCCCGGCGCUCCGCCCGCAGCAGGGCGUCGACGGCGGCGCCGCGCAGGCCGUCACGGCCGUCCACUGGGACGCCUACUCGGGCCUCGGCGACGACGUGGAGUCCUCCGGGGGGGGUCUAGCGUUGCUCCGCUUGCACCGGAAACGCCAUCUGGCCCCCCUGGGGGAGUGCCGAGCGACGCUCCUCGCCGCGCUGCGCUCGAUCAGGCCCUGCCCGUCCCCCGCGGCCGUCGCGGCGCGCGCGCGGUGCCUCGGCGCCGCCGUACAGGCGGGCCUGGAGCUGCUCGGCGCGAGGGUCGGGGGGGACUCCGGACCGGCCGGGGGGCGCGCGGCGCCCGGCGGGGGGCUGCUGACGACGACGGCGCUCGGCGGGGCGGGGACGCGCGGGCGCGUGAUGCUCAUGACGGGCGGGGCGAGCACCACGGGCCCCGGGAUGGCGCCGGCGGACGGCGUGGACGACGAGGACGAUCCGCAGCUGUGGGUGCUGAUGGCCAAGGCGCGGAAGUUCUACGCGGCGGCCGCGAACGCGGCGCGGCGGGCGGGGGUGUGCGUGGACGUGGUCGCGGGGGGGUCGCGCGCCACCAACAUGCAGCUGCUCGCGGUGCUCGCGCAGCAGUCCGGCGGGAGCGUGCUCGUGCACGAGGGGUUCGGGGAGUGGCUGCGGAACUGCUGCGCCGCGGCGGCGUCGCGGCCGCCGGCGUUCGCGGGCUACAUCGACGCGCGGGUGUCGGCGGAGGCGCGCGUCACAGCGCUGACGGGGAGCGUGCUGCCGGUGAGCGAGGCGGUGACGGCGCGCGAGAAGGAGCUGAUGGUGUCGCCCGCGGCGGCCGCGCUGCCGUCGUGCGAGCCGGACCGCGGGUGGGGGGUGUGUUUCGAGCUGGGGGGGGAUGUCUCGCGGCCGUUCGUGGUCGUGCAGCUGGUGGCGAGCUGGGUGAUGCCGGGAGGGGAGCGCCUGACGCGGGUGUGCACGUACCAGGUGGACGCGACGUCGUCGUUGCCGGCGUUCGCGGCGUCCGUGAACGCGCCUGCGGCGGGAGCGCUGCUGGGCAAGGCGGCGGCGAUGGCGGCGGUGGAGGCGGGCUGGCCGAGCGAGGACGCGCUGGACGCCGGGAAGAGUAUACUCAAGCAGGCCGUCGCGUCCAUCCGCACGCGGCUCGGCACGGAGGCGUCGGUGCGGCGGUCGCUCUGGGGCUCCACCGUCGACCGCUGGCGCCUCGCGGCGCCCCUCCGCCCGCUCCUCCUCGCCAUCUACCACCUCGAGCGCGGCCCGCUCCUCGGCGGCGUCGCCGGGCACGCCGACGAGUUCUCCCUCACUCACAUCGCGAUGCUGGAAGCAGGCCUCCCGCGGGCCGUCGCGAUGGUCUCCCCGCGGCUCUACCGCAUGGAGCACGACGGCUCCUUCACGGAGGCGCUCCCCGUCGACCUCGCGCUCAUGCCGACCGCCGUCCUCGUGCUCGACCACGGCACUCACAUGUUCUCGUGGCUGGGCCGGCACGCGGCCGCCGCGGCGCACCGCGCGCAGCUCGAGGGCGCGUGCGUGGAGUUCGUCGCGCGCCUCGGCGCGGGGCGCUUCCCGGCGCCCGUCGUCGUCGCCUCGGAGCAGAACGCCGGCGACGCGCGAUAUGUUGUUGCGCGGCUCAUCCCGGCGCACCGCGACGCGAACGAGGAGCACGAAGAGGACUUCCCACCGCUGCGGGCGCUGCGUGCGGAGGUGCGCGCGGGCCUGCUGCAGCAGAUCCCGCGGACGGACCAGGAGUCGUUCCGACAGUGGUGCCGCAGCAACAUGGUGGAGUUCGAGCCCGCGGGAGGGGGGGGUGUUGCGAACGGGGGCGCUCGGGCGGGGAUGUAG